GCCAAGACACAGAAAAUGUCCAACAGCAGCUCCAUCAGCCACUUCCUCCUGCUGGCAUUGGCAGACACGCGGCAGCUGCAGCUCCUGCACUUCUGCCUCUUGCUGGGCAUCUCCCUGGCUGCCCUCCUGGGCAACGGCCUCAUCAUCAGCGCCGUAGCCUGCGGCCACCACCUGCACACGCCCAUGUUCUUCUUCCUGCUCAACCUGGCCCAAACUGACCUGGGCUCCAUCUGCACCACUGUCCCCAAAGCCAUGCACAAUUCCCUCUGGGACACCAGGGACAUCUCCUACUCAGGAUGUGCUGCACAGGUCUUUUUCUUUAUGUUCUUCAUCUCAGCAGAGCAUUUCCUCCUGACCAUCAUGUGCUACGACCGCUACGUGUCCAUCUGCAAACCCCUGCACUACGGGACCGUCCUGGGCAGCAGAGCUUGUGCCCACAUGGCAGCAGCUGCCUGGGCCAGUGCCUUUCUCAAUGCUCUGCUGCACACAGCCAAUACAUUUUCCCUGCCCCUGUGCAAGGGCAAUGCCCUGGACCAGUUCUUCUGUGAAAUCCCACAGAUCCUCAAGCUCUCAUGCUCACACUCAAACCUCAGGGAACUGGGACUUCUUGCUGUUGGUGCCUGUUUAAGUUUUGGUUGUUUCGUGUUCAUGGUUUUCUCCUAUGUGCAGAUCUUCAGGGCUGUGCUGAGGAUCCCCUCUGAGCAGGGACGGCACAAAGCCUUUUCCACCUGCCUCCCUCACCUGACUGUGCUCUCCCUGUUCAUCAGCACAGCCACAUUUGCCUACCUGAAGCCCCCCUCCAUCUCCUCCCCAUCCCUGGAUCUGGCCCUGUCAUUUCUGUACUCGGUGGUGCCUCCAGUCCUGAACCCCCUCAUCUACAGCCUGAGGAACCAGGAGCUCAAGGCUGCAAUGUGGAGACAGAUGACUGGAUGGCUUCAGGAACAUUAAACUGCUGGGUAAUUUAUGCAAAGUGCUUCUAAUAAAAAUAGUCUUGG